AUGUACGAGAGCGACAAGGUAGACUCUGCGACCAAACCCGCUACGGUAACGGCCGCUGACGUCAAAUACGAGUACAACCGUGUCGGGAUGAAGUGCGACAAAGAGUCCGUUUUUGGAAAGCGGUUUACGGCCGGAACGUGCACCACUCAGGGUAAGACGGGAACUGAUGUUGAGUGCAAGAAAACCGCCGGAGACAUGAACAAAUACUGCACGUAUACCGACGACCAGAAUUUGGACAUGCGGACAAAGAGGUUGGUUGAAGAGUUAAACUCGAGAUCGUUGUUCUUUGUGAUUGUGUCGUUCUUGGUGGUGGUGAUUUUGGCUGCGAUAUCAUUCCGUAUUAUAUAA